AUGCAGGUUGAAGCUACCGGAAACAGCGAUGCCCCGGAUCAGCAAGAGGCUGCCGGAGAAAGCAAAGCUCUGGAACAUCAAGAGGAUGCCGGAGAAGUAGAAGAAUCAAUCCUGGGCAACCUAAGUCCAACUUCCGACGAUGCUUCAAGCAUGGACACGGAGGAAUUCAACAAAGCUUUGAAGGAGUUGGAGGGCGAAGAGGAAGCCGAAGCAGAAUCCGCUCCGCCCAAGCAGGCAGGCCAAGGUGCUAUUGCACACUUAGAAAUCCUCAACAAGCCAAUCACUCCGGACGAUGCCGUAGAUCCUGAAGUUUUAGAAGAAACACGGAAGGAGAUGCUGAGCACCGCAAAAGUAAUUGCCAAUACUGCAGCAGCAAUGCUGGAGGAACGACAAGAAGCUAGCGAACUAAUGGAAAAAUUCCUCAAGAGAGAGCGCGAAGCCACUAAAUACUUGAAAGAGGCUAAGAAACUCCGAGCCCAAUGGGAAACCAUGAAGGCAGACGCUGACAAAGAGGCAGAUAGAAUCCGACGAGAGGCUAUUCCUCCUCGAAAGAUCAACUUCGCAACUCCCUCAAAUCAGCAGCCACUCGGCACUCCCAAGGACAACAUGAAGAAGGCCGCAGAACUCUUGGAGAAAAAUGAUGAAGAAAUCGACAUCGCACAUCUCCGCACUCUGGUGGAAUCAGCAACGAAGCAAGAGAGCAAGGCAGACACUUCGCGCCGGUUGGAAUCCAACCCAGAACACUGUGUAUCCACAUCGCAGAAGGACGCCUCCGGAAGGACUCACCGUGACGAUGAAUCGCACACCAGAUCUUCGGAGCGCAGAAGGAGAACCAGAGAACAUCCAAACCCAAUCCCAGUUCCCUCGAAAACACCUCCGACGGACCCAAGGAAGGGAAAGGGUCCGAUGUAUACUGGAAGGGACAAGUACCGGAACCCGUCGCCUCCACGGCGGCCCUAG